CUCCCAACAGAGGAGGAAUGAACUGGUCGUUCUCAAACAAAGUCUCUGCUGCUUCUUCUCAGUUUCUAUCUUUCAGGCCAUCUCAAGAAGAUAGACAUAGAAAGUCUGGAAAUUACCAUCUGCCGCACUCUGGUUCCUUCAUGCCAUCAUCGGUAGCAGAUGUAUAUGAUUCAAACCGCAAAGCUCCUUACAGUUCUGUACAGGGAGUAAGAAUGUUCCCUAAUUCCAACCAACAGGAAGAAACUAACGCAGUUUCCAUGUCCAUGCCGGGUUUCCAGUCUCAUCAUUACGCGGCAGGAGGAAGAGGCUUCAUCAGCAAUAGCAAUAACUCACAACCUUUGGUAGGAGUUCCUAUCAUGGCACCUCCUAUUUCAAUCCUUCCUCCUCCCGGCACCAUUGUAGGGACAACUGAUAUUAGAUCUUCUUCCAAGCCACUAGGGGCACCUGCGCAGUUGACGAUCUUUUAUGCCGGUUCAGUUUGUGUUUACGAUGACAUAUCUCCUGAAAAGGCAAAGGCGAUAAUGUUGCUAGCUGGGAAUGGUUCUCCUAUGCCUCAAGCCUUUUCACCACCUCAAACUCAUCAUCAACAUGGGGUCCAUCAUACUCGUGCCUCUGUUGAUUCUUCAGCUAUGCCUCCUAGCUUCAUGCCUACAAUAUCUUAUCUUAGUCCUGAAGCUGGAAGUAGCACAAAUGGACUUGGAGCAGCAAAACUAACAAGAGGCUUGACAUCAACAUGUCACGACAACCAAACUAAUGCAUCCAAUAUCAAUUGCUCAGUAGCUGUUUCAGGUUCUACCAGUGUAAUGGCUCCAACAGUGGCUUUACCCCUGGCUCGCAAAGCAUCUCUGGCUAGGUUUUUAGAAAAACGCAAAGAAAGGUAG